CCCCCGGCGCGGCGCGGUCGCUCUCGAGCCGCCCGUACGUCGCGUCUGCGCCGUCUCCGUAGCCGUCGCCGCCGGCCCCGCGCCUCCAUCUCCCCCCCUUCCCGGGUCUGCCAUGGCAAUGACAGGAUCAACACCUUGCUCGUCCAUGAGUAACCACACCAAGGAGAGGGUGACGAUGACCAAAGUGACACUGGAGAACUUCUAUAGCAACCUUAUCGCUCAACAUGAGGAACGGGAGAUGAGACAAAAGAAGUUAGAAAAAGUGAUGGAAGAAGAAGGCCUGAAAGAUGAAGAGAAACGACUCAGAAGAUCCGCACAUGCUCGGAAGGAAACAGAGUUUCUUCGGUUAAAGAGAACAAGGCUUGGGCUGGAAGAUUUUGAGUCUUUAAAAGUCAUAGGCCGAGGAGCAUUUGGUGAGGUGCGGCUUGUUCAGAAGAAAGACACAGGCCAUGUGUACGCAAUGAAGAUCCUGCGCAAAGCAGACAUGCUGGAGAAGGAGCAGGUUGGCCACAUCCGUGCGGAGCGUGACAUUCUAGUGGAGGCAGACAGUUUGUGGGUGGUGAAAAUGUUCUAUAGUUUUCAGGAUAAGCUAAACCUCUACCUAAUCAUGGAGUUCCUGCCUGGAGGGGACAUGAUGACUUUAUUGAUGAAGAAAGAUACUCUGACAGAAGAGGAGACGCAGUUUUACAUAGCAGAGACGGUGUUAGCCAUCGACUCCAUCCACCAGCUGGGGUUCAUCCACAGAGACAUCAAACCCGACAACCUUCUCUUGGACAGCAAGGGCCAUGUGAAACUUUCUGACUUUGGCCUCUGCACAGGCCUGAAAAAAGCACACAGGACAGAAUUCUAUAGGAACCUGAACCAUAGCCUGCCCAGUGAUUUCACUUUUCAGAACAUGAAUUCCAAAAGGAAAGCAGAGACCUGGAAAAGAAACAGACGCCAGCUAGCCUUCUCUACAGUGGGCACGCCUGACUACAUUGCUCCGGAGGUGUUCAUGCAGACAGGGUACAACAAGCUCUGCGACUGGUGGUCCCUCGGGGUCAUCAUGUACGAGAUGCUCAUCGGCUACCCACCGUUCUGCUCUGAGACCCCACAAGAGACAUACAAGAAGGUGAUGAACUGGAAGGAGACGUUGACCUUUCCCCCAGAAGUUCCUGUCUCGGAGAAAGCCAAGGGCCUGAUUCUGAGGUUCUGCUGUGAAUGGGAACAUAGAAUUGGAGCCCCUGGAGUUGAGGAAAUAAAACAUAAUCCUUUUUUUGAAGGUGUUGACUGGGAACACAUCAGGGAGAGACCAGCUGCCAUAUCUAUUGAGAUCAAGAGCAUCGAUGACACCUCAAACUUCGAUGAAUUUCCAGAGUCUGAUAUUCUUAAGCCCACAGUGACCACAAGUAACCAUCCUGAGACGGACUACAAGAAUAAAGACUGGGUCUUCAUCAAUUACACGUACAAGCGCUUCGAGGGCCUGACAGCCAGGGGGGCCAUACCUUCCUACAUGAAGGCAGCAAAAUAGGGCCUGUGCUGGGAACCCUAAAUGGGGCGGAGCUCUCUGUACAACAUUGUGGUUUUCCUUUUGCGCUCUUGAAAGAACUUCCAAGAAGUUUGUAGAACUCAUGAAUACAUCCUAGUCAAGUCUCUGAAAUGUGAUUGUAAAUGGAUAUUCCUCCAUCGUGCACCAGGAAGCUGAUAGGACAAAGACAAGCGUUUCUCCGUCAGCCAUAAGCAGCUGCUUGCUUCUUUUGAAGCCUCAUGAGCCAGUUUGUUAUGUGUUGUAAAGAGAAUUUGAGUUUCCCAAGUUCAUCAGAAUGAAGGGGAAAAGCAGCCAUCCACCGUUCCCGAGCUUAUCCACACUGAGUACCAGCCAAUGCCGGUGCUCUGGUGUAUGCCACCUGCCAAGCCCACCAAGUAUUUCUUUUCUCUUUAUAGCUGAAAAUUCUAUAGUUAAAGAAAUAAGGCAAUAAUGAAAGUCUGUGUGAGCAGCCAGUAGUGUGACAGAAGGAACGAUCUCCAUCUUGCUGAUGCCAGUGGUUUCUCCCCUACCUCGGCCUGCACAAGCGGCUUUCCACAGCCUUCAUUCAUGGUGCACUUUACUUACGGUACUAGGGCAAAGACCCUGAUCCACUGACCUAGCUCCCAUCCGAAAGACUCAUGCUGCUCUUCUGUGGAUGGGAGAGGUACUAGUGUGAUCCUUUUUGAUCUCAGAAAGCCCACAAAGCCACUGGGCACUGCCAAGGAGUCCUGGACCAUAUGGACAACCCUUACUGUCUCUUCACGGCUGUAUGAUCGUCUUGAGGCACAUGCUGCCGACCAGCAAGCAAUACCUGCAAGUGCUGCCAGCGCAGCUUGUUCCUGAGAAGCCAGCAGAGAACCUGCUGGAGGCUUAGGUGCUGCCAUGCAGGAUCCCACGGCAUCUGUGGGAUCAAGGCAGAGCCCGCCCGCUGAGUCCUUGAGCUCAUUCCUCAGUCCAUGGUGCAACCGUGUUUGUCUUGGUAUUUUCCUAUCCCAACUUUAGCCAUCUUGCCUUGGAAUCAUGAUUACAAAAUUUUCCUUUGCAGAUGCCUUCCCUGGGGCAUUCUUGUCCCUCCACCCAAAAGGGUUGCCUGUAGCUUGGGCUGAACUGCCUCUGCUGUGGCAUUCUCUCAUGAGAAACACUGAAUUUAGCACAAAGUGCCUUCUCUGUCACAGCUGCUGCCACCUUUAGAAGACUUCUGCUGUGUUAGAAAAAUGUGGAGGUUCCAUAUUAAUGCAUUACUAGAGUUUGGUUUUAAGUGUUGAUAACUGUUAAAGCAUUAUUUGCACCUGUGUGGUAACUUGCAGUGUCAUUGACCAAGCUACAACUGGGACAGGCUCUCUGCUGGUCUUGAAGUUGUGAAGGGUCAGCGGGGUCCUGGCUUAGCCAUUCAGAGAUUAGAACGUAAGACUUAGAAUUGUAAGCAAGACUGCUUUGGGUUUUCAUGUCUUAGAUGAAGAAAAAGGAAUGUUAGGAAGUCCUAACUCUGGGUUAAGGGUGGUUGAGGUUAGCUCCUUAAUCCAUUCCGAGCCUGCUAAUGCAAAGGACAGAAGGGCCUGCGUGUGGCUCUGCGCGCCCUGCAUUGAUGAACAGUUGAGGUCCUGAUCCCUGUGUGUCUGCAGGAGUGUGUGGUGAGCAUGGGAAAAUAAUAGUGGUAGAGUCUGUGUGGUGGGGGAUGGUUCAUUUUUGGGGAAAAUGUCCACAUUUAACUAUUCAACUUUUAAAUAAACUGUGAAAACCAUAAUGGAA